GGGGCUGCGGCCGCCCUCUCGCCCACGUCCCCGCCUCGGCGCGCUGCUCGGAGCGGCGGGGCUCCUGGCGCGGCCUCCACGGACGCGGAACACAAAGAGCGUGGUGACAUGACACGGAAACACCUGAUAUUCCCACAAAGGAAGUCGCAGAGGAAGGCUCCCGAUGGAUGAAGGAGGAAAGCCGGUCUAGGGUGUGCAGUAGCUGUGUCUUCCUAACACCCACCCGGCGACUGAGCCAUGCCCUCCCCGCUUCCAGGUGAACACUGUCGAGGCAGGCCCACCGGGAGCGCUGCCGAUGCCGGACACACACGGAUAUUGUCCGGCUGACCAUCCCUAAACCUGAAUCGCACUUGGGAGUCACGCACAGAAGGAAAGCUCCCUGGGGCGGCUCCCUGUGGAACAGCAGUAAAGUCAGUGCUCUGAAGUGUGGACUGCAGCCCGUCUCUGAUUCGUUGGUCCUCGGAGACGGAGAUGUGAUGGAAUGUGGAGGGAUAAACACUGACUCAGGAAGAAAGGGCAGGCCCAGUUCCUCAGGAGCACCUGACAGCUCAGUUCCGCAGAGCAGGAGCUGCGGACAGAGCCGCGGCUGCGGCUGCAGGGCGCUCCUGUCCGUGGACUGAUCGUCCCCACGCGGCGCGGAGACCGGCCGCCGGGCGGGAACCUUGCCAGGUUCACAAGUUCAGCCGGGAGCGCGCUCGAGUCGACACACCCCUCUCGCCGGAGAGGAGGGCGGGCGGGCGCGAGGGGAGCUGCGUGCGAUUGAAAACCAGUGUGGACACGAGUGAAAUCUGAUCGCGCGCCGGCAGAAGCGUGUGAAGCCGGGAGCCCCGGAGGAGCGACCGCCCUUGGGCAGCCCGAGUCCGGGCGAAGUCAUGCCGGGCUGCUGAGCGGGCACGGCAGCCGGAGCGAGCGCUCGCAUGGAGAGCCCGGUGGCCCCCUGCGUCCUCUACCCGGGGGACGGAGCGUGCGGCCAGGCGGGGGGCCGGGGCGGCGCUCCCGAGGCUCCGGGAGAGGGCGGCCUGCAGCCGCCGGACGCGGCCGCGGGGGAGGGCGCUGCGUCCCCGGCGCAGACACCCUGCAGUCUCAGCGCGUCCCUGUGCUUCAGCUCCGGGGACGACUCCCCGCCCUCUUGUCGCCGCGGCCAGCGGGUGGUGCAGAGGCAGUGGGAAGUCGGCAGCGCGGGCGCCGCGUCCCCGGAAGGGCGCGCCUCCCCUGAGGCUCCCGUGUCCCCCGAGGAGCGCACGUCCCCGGAAGAUCCCGCGUCCCCCGGGGAGCGCCCGCCGGCCGAGGAGCCCACGUCCCCGGAAGAGCCCGGGGACCCCGCGCCCGUGCCCCCCGGCGUCGGGCCGGAGCACGGGGAGCCCGACCUGCUCAUCGAGGUGUCGGGCCGCCGGCUGCGGGCGCACAAGGCGGUGCUGGCGGCGCGCAGCGACUACUUCCGCGCGCGCGCGUCGCGGGACGUGCUGCGGGUGCAGGGCGUGGGCUGGGCGGCGCUGCGGCUGCUGCUGGCCUACGCGUACAGCGGGCGCAUGGCGGGCGUGCGGCCCGACAACGUGGCCGACGUGGUGGCCGGCGCGCGCCGCCUACAGCUGCCCUGCGCCGCGCAGCGCGCCACCGACGCCGUGGCGCCGCAGCUGAGCCUGGCCAACUGCUUCGAGGUGCUGAGCGCGGCCAAGCGGCAGCGGCUGGCCGAGCUGCGCGAGGCCGCCUACCGCUUCAUGAGCGACCACUACCUGGAGGUGCUGCGCGAGCCCGCCGUCUUCGGGCGCCUGUCGGGCGCCGAGCGCGACCUGCUGCUGCGCCGCCGCCUGCGCGCCGGCCGCGCCCGCCUUCUGGCCGCCGCGCUCGGCCCGGCCGGGGAGCGCGCGGGCAGCCGGCCGCAGAGCCCGUCCGGGGAGGCGGAGGGCCGAGGCGACGCCGCCGUCUACUGCUUCCACGAGGCGGCCGGCGAGUGGCGCGAGCUGACGCGGCUGCCCGAGGGCGCGCCGGCUCGGGGCUGCGGCCUGUGCGUGCUCUACAACUACCUCUUCGUGGCCGGCGGCGUGGGGCCCGCGGGCCCCGACGGCCGCGCGCGGCCCUCGGACCGGGUCUUCUGCUACAACCCGGCCACCGACCGCUGGAGCACCGUGCGGCCGCUGCGCCAGGCGCGCUCGCAGCUGCAGCUGCUGGCCCUGGACGGCCACCUGUACGCCGUGGGCGGCGAGUGCCUGCUCAGCGUGGAGCGCUACGACCCGCGCGCCGACCGCUGGGCCGCCGUGGCCCCGCUGCCCCGGGGCGCCUUCGCCGUGGCGCACGAGGCCACUACCUGCAACGGCGAGAUCUACGUGUCCGGGGGCUCGCUCUUCUACCGCCUGCUCAAGUACGACCCGCGGCGCGACGAGUGGCAGGAGUGUCCGUGCAGCAGCAGCCGCGAGCGCUCGGCCGACAUGGUGGCCCUGGACGGCUUCAUCUACCGCUUCGACCUGUGCGGGGGCCGCGGCGAUGCGCCGGGGGCCGGGCCUGCGGGGGGGGUCAGCGUGCUCCGCUACCACUGCCUGGCCAAGCAGUGGAGCCGCUGCGCCUCGCACCUGCGGCCCCCCGGCGCGCCGUCGGGCCUCCAGCCCUUCCGCUGCGCCGCGCUGGAUGGCACCAUCUACUGCGUGAGCCGCGCGGGCACCUGGCGCUUCGUGCCGCCCCCGGACGGCGAGCCCGGCGCCGGCGACGCGGGCCCCGAAGGCAGCUUCGAGCUCCAGUCGCUCCGAGCCCCCGCGGACGCCCGGGGCCUGCUCUUCCCGUUCGUGCUCAACCUGCAGGAGGAGAAGCCAGACCGAGGCGAGGAGGGCGCCGCGUAGGGUGGGCCGGGUCACCCGGGCGUGUCCCUCGGCAGCCCUGGGCCAGGGGACGCCCCAUGGGCCGAGGUCCCAACUGGGAAACUGGAAGGGGCGAGGGGAGUGGAGGCGGGGAGGGAGAGAGUCGGGGGGUGGGCCCCGGUGGGCCCCGCCCAGCCCACGGGAUCAUUUAAAGGCUUAGAAGGUAGAAGCUUGUCGCGGGGCCUUGAAGACCUUUUGCGAUGCUGUAUUAAGGCCCGCUUCCUAGUCCGCAUUCCUUUUGCUUUGCUUUGCUUUGCUUAAUGGGGUCGAUGGCAAGAUGUAGGAUGUGUGCAGAUAGAUAACCUUACAAAUAAGAUACAAAAUACCUGAGAAAGAAAGAAACAGAAUGAGAGAUGAAGCCUCUGGGUGCAGUGGGUGAGGCCUGGAGUGUACCGGGGUGUCCUGUCCUCGGUAUCACUCGCGGAGUGGCCGGGAGGCCCGACCUGAGUCGUGUGGGGUACCAGGUACCCGUUGCUUCCUGCACCAUGAGAGGGGACCUCGGGGCCACCUCCCAGAGCUGAGAUCCUAAAUUAGGCCAACGUGAACUAUAUUAGUGGAACAACUGAAAGAAGGUCAUACUUUUUUCGGCUUGAGGUUUAAAAUUAUAACCGAUAGGUAAAGCUUUUAAACCCUUUCUAAGUUAGUUGAAAAGUUCCUGCCACGUGUGCUUAACUUGCGGUUGGCUCCGCUCCAAAUGUAGUAAGUAUUAAGGGUGAAAUCUUUGAUUCCCAAUAAGAUCUGUCCAGUGAACACUGGAAGUAUCUCCUCUGCCAUCACAGGGGCCCAGUUAUGGUCAAAGGCCCACACACCUCAAGAGCAGGUCCUUCUCACCGCUUAACUGAGAUGGGUUUAAUAUUUUCAAGUUAAGAGAUGUUAAUAAUUAUGUUCAGUGAUGUAGUGACGAUUUGCUCUUAUUUAAAUCUUUGGUGACUGAAUGCUUUCCAAAGAGCAUGUCAUCAGUAGGAAAAGCUGACAGUGGCCGUGGUGCUUGUCUGCUUUAAAAGGAGCAUUUGGUACCCACCAGGUAUGCUCAGCCACUUUGAUGUUUCAUAGUGGGCUCAAAAAGAGUAGUAUCUCCCCCCCGCCCCGCCAAAAGAAGGUUAAAAUCCUUUCUUUUUGAGAGUUCUAAAGAAUAACGUGCAGGCACAGUUGAACCCACUACUUAUGAUGUUUUUGUUUUUUUGCGGUACGCGGGCCUCUCACUGUCGUGGCCUCUCCCGUUGCGGAGCACAGGCUCCGGACGCGCAGGCUCAGCGGCCAUGGCUCACGGGCCCAGCCGCUCCGCGGCACGUGGGAUCUUCCCGGACCGGGGCGCGAACCCGCGUCCCCGGCAUCGGCAGGCGGGCUCUCAACCACUGCGCCACCAGGGAAGCCCACUUAUGAUGUUUUAAAUAUGAAUUCUGUCAUCCUGAUGAGGGAAAUUCAUUUUUACAAGCAUCAGCCUAAGAAAUUGUGGCAGAGUGACAACAUAUUAACAUAAGGGGAAAUAACAUCUAUUUAUAACGUAGUUUAGCAAGUAAACUACACUUUUCUAAUUGUGAAUUCCAAAAUGCUGUAGUAGAAGUAACAUGAAAUUCAGUACUUUGAUAAGGCACAAGGCUUAAAAACAAAUCAGUUGAUCUUUCCUCAUUUGUUAUAACAUUUUACUUUCCAAAUAUGUACAGACAGGGCUUACCGUUCAUUAAAAGUUUAAGGAUAAAGUAUACGCUCAUAAAUAGAGGCCAACUGAUUUGGAUUCUGAGUCCAGUCCACUUUUUUUUAUUACAAUAGGAAAAGUACACAUUGAAACUUAUUGGCACAUAAGUAGAUACAGUCAUGUGUACCUUCCUAUGAUUUACUCGUGAAUCCAGUGAUGGGAGGUUACCUCUCUCUGUGCCAGUCAGUGGGUAUGUGGGACAUAGGUUAUGCUUUUUAAAGAGUCUGUGGUUAUGAAAGUGAUCAGUUAAGCAUGUUUAGGAAUGAUAGCGAGAAUCAUGCUUGCGCCGGAGCAUGGGAUUUACCGUUUCAGCGGGUGCAUUCUGGUGACUUGUGUGCCUGCCUGUGACUGCUCCUGACCUGAGAGGAUGCUUGGCAACUUGGUCCAUCGUCUUAGGAAAGAAAAACAGGCUUCAGAUUGCCUGACUUCUUUGGCCUUUUGGUAGGAAUAGACUGGAGACGUGGCAGGAGGAAAAGAAUUGAGAUCCAAAAUAAACAAAUAAUGUCCUUCUAAAGACAUGAGCAUUUCAUACAAUAGUACAUUUUUCUCUAGACUUUCAUUAUUUAUGGUAAAACUUUUAUAUGAAAUGGAACCAAGCUAAUAUUUUCAUUCCUUCCGUAUCAAACUCAUGAGAUAUUAUCACUGUGAUUUUACUUGAGAAAUCAUUCCUAUGAUGUUUACCGUUUAAAAACAUAAACGCUGAAAGUGGGCUUCCAAAGUAAACUCUCCCCAUAGAAGAUGGGAGACCUGUUAGAUGUCACGUGUGGACAGCCACACGAUAACAUGCCCAGCUGGAGUGUUUGUAUAUUAUUUCAUCCUUUAAUUGAACGAAGAAAGGCCUGGACUAGACAUCGCAUCACUUUCUGUGGGAGCUGGCCCCGAAGUCCCAGGGAUUUGUCAGGAUGAGAUGCCUGACGUAUGCCUAAGGAUGGGUAGAGGAUUUAGAACCUUGCAGACCAUACUUCUAAUAGUAAUAUCACUGAGAACAGAUACCAGAGCACCUGGCAUGCUGAGAGGACCAGUUUAAUUUGCUUUUGGAGGCCAGUACCUGGGGUGUAGGGCCAGAAGGGUGCUGCACCAAUUACACCAAUGGAAAAGCCACCCCAUGCAAGAUCCUCCGUUUGGAGGACAUCUAGGGGAGGGGCAGGCCUGGCUGAGACUUUGCUCCAGGUCUGAUGUUCCGAGGAUGGAUCAUGUCACAUUCCAUGUGAUGUGUGCUAAGUCUGUAUGCAGCUCUAUUUAGAGAAACAGUUGGUGCAAAACUAUUCCUGCGCUUCGAUUAGUUGAGUCAAAAGAAGCUAGUGCAUUUACGACAUCCAUCCAUAGUUCACAUGAAAUUAAGAAACCCACGCAUACUGACAUUUCCAGAUAUUUGAAAGAGCAGUGGCAUUUUAAGGGGAAAGGCUAUAAUUUGGGAAAGCUUGAUCUUUUGGUUAGCUCACGAGCAAUGACUUUUGUAUUGUUAAUCAAGGUUCAUUUGGGAUCCAAAGGAAUGGGGUUAAGACGUCUUCACUUCCUUUCUGUUUUUACCUUCGGUUUGGGGAACAGCCCCAGUGCCGGCAUGGACUCUGGCAGCUUUAUGGGACUGGAUUUGGAACUCGGUGACUUGAUUUCUGAAUCUAUGGCAGCACCAGUCUCCUUUCCUUGAAGAGAAUGGAAGUUCUUUUGCUACUCAGUUAAAACUCCUCCCUUUGUAUCAGUUUUGCUACAAAUACUUAAAAUGAAUCACCUGCUCCAUUCCUGUUAAUUUCUGGUGUCACUUCAGUAAUUCUGGUAGCUGCUGUUUGAUCUGUGGGUCUCUUGGGUAACUUCCUGUGAAAGAUUUUGAAAUGAAAUGCAAUGUUUUUGAGGUCCUUUGCGCUUUCCUGAAGUUAAGAUGGUUUCAGGACAUUAUCUGUUGUAACACCUUCCUGGGGCGAUAUGUAAACAGAAGUGCUCUUUUGUGUUCUGUUUUCUUUUGGAUGCUUUCCUAGCUUACAACAUGUUUUAUUUUGGUGUUUUUAAAAAAAUAUAUCAGUGUUCUUAUUUCUCCCUUUCCUCUGCAAUAUCAUAAUUCAUGGGAAGAUAAGAAGAGCUAAAGAUGGGAAUGUGUCAUCUUCUGGUUGCAUCUGAACGUAUGUCAGCGGCCGCAUUCUCUACACUUUCCCCCCUUCCAGGAAGGUGCCUGGACCACAGGAGCUGGAAGGGCACUUCGUACCUGCUUGGUGAAUUGGUUUGAGAUGAAUUGAAAUAGAGGCCUAGAUGUGUUGUCAUGCGAGAUGAAAGCUCCUCUGAGGCUUUUGAAAGCUGUAAGCAGUGCUGCAGUGUGGCCGGGUAUUAAAGGCAAACAGGCAUCUUGAAGACACAGUUCAGGCCGGCUGAUGCUUUAUGGAUCAGCGCUUCCGUUUCUAGGUCCUGGGUACCAAUCGUGUAAAACCUUGUACGUCUGUCUGUUCAUCCUGAGAUGAAAUAAAUCACUGGGCAAUGCCACUGCUCCUGAAACCUGCGCGGCUGUUCUUGUGUCUUUUCUUCGGAGCAGAGCCCUGGGUGGGUGUCCUUGCCUGGGAAUGUGCUCCCGGGGCUGGGAGAUUCCGGCCCGACCUGCGAGGCCCAGGGCUGGAGCCCCGCCGUCUGAACGAGGCGUCUGGGGACUCCGGAGGGUCCGUGCAGCUCCGGUUCUAAGCCAGGGGGUCUCUUCAUACUCAUCAGGUGC